AUGAACGAUCUCUCUGCCGAUACAACAUUCGCAGACUCGAUGCCGAUGCAAGCGAGUCUUCGUGGAGUGAGAAGCCUUCAUCACCAUCUCACCAAUGGCUCGGAUAUUCGCAGAGGAAGACAUUGAGUCCCUGAUCCGCCACUUUCCGCCUCUGACUCUCGAGAAUAACGACAGACCAUGUUUGGUAACAAGCCACUCCGGCAACAAUCUGGUCAGCCUUGCUCAAACACUGUCUCGAUUCGAAGUUCUGCUCGGCCAGCAGCGUGACAGAAUAGACAAAGCCGACCUCGCCAACCUGCUCGGUAUCGAGCAAGGCAGUGAGCAGCUCAUCCUCGGCGAGACAUCGGUUUUCAUAUAUCUCAGCGGAGAUGGACGAUCGAUAAUUCCCAUCCCGCUGGCGGACGAUAUCCACGAAGAACUGAAAGACCGGGCUCGAAAAUCGUUCGUAAAUGUUCAUGCUUUUGCGGCGGAAUUCGACAUUCGCAGCGAAGGCAUUCAGCGAUGGAUCACAUUCGACGCAUCGAAGAAAUGGCGAACUUUCACCGUGGACGAUAAAGCUUUCCUUUGUUACCGAUCUUUCAACGAUAGCAUCGAGUCUCGAAUCCGAAAGUCCAUCGACACAGCUGGUUCGGACAUUUGUGAUCUCACCGAUGUCUUCGACGAUGAAGUUCAAACGCCAAUUCUUAGAGAUCUUGCGGAAGCUUCGACCAAGGGCCGAGAGGGGGACAUCUUCUCUGAACAGGGCCACGUGGUAUGGAUUCCAACGGACUACUCCAACGUUGUUGAGGAACGGGCGAAAACCGCGCAGCUCGCACACAUACAGCAGAUGGCGUCAGAUCUUGAGGAGAGCCACUACUGCAUGAUCGAAGCUCGUACCUCUAGUUCAAGCAGCCCCGGAAGCACGAUCGAGCCAGGUCUGGAAGUUCUGGAACAGGAAGUUCGAAAAGUGUUUCAGAGAUGGCAUCAUGACAGUGCACAGCUACACACUGUCAUGUUAAACAAUGAUCGCAACAAGCCGUCGAGGUCCUCGAAUGCCACUCGGUCACGCAUUCUGGUAGAUUCCGUGGUGCUCGAGCAUGAGCUGAAAGAGCUCAAGGCCUCCGCAGUUGCAUCCACAGAGGUUCAGUUCCGGCGGGGCGAAUCAUCAGACUAUGCGGGUAUGGUGAUCGACCAGCUGCUCAAGGAGUGCGAAGGUAGCAAGCCACUGCUUAGUCUUUUGCUUCGCAGUGAGCUAGCCCAGGAGAUCCACCUUGCCGCCGAGAUGGAACUCGAGCGUCUCAUGUCACUUGAGCGAGAGAAGCUGGCGCAAAUGUUUGAGGCUCGACUUGUACUACCAUUUCAGCUUUAUACGAUUGGGAUCUCGACCAUCAAAGAUCCAACUUUGAAGCAGCAUCUGGAAGACUUUUUGUACGAGCACUUUCGUCGCGAGGUGGUUCCGCAGACCAUCAAAGGAGCUCAAGAUCAGAAGGCUCUUCGUGAGAAGUCAAGUCAAAGAGAAGUUGAGAAGCUCCGACAGGCGAUCGUCGAUGCUAAGUCGUUCACUGCCCUACAGUCGAGUAUCUCAAAAUUCUCAAAAAAGAUCAGGAUCCCAUCGCCAAGCGAUGAAGUACUUCACACUGCGAAAGUCCGGAGUCUGCAUCAAGCUCUGAAGUCAAUGCGUCAAAUGACAAGAGGCUCGGAUGUGUUGCAGAACUUGAUCUGGAUGCUUCUCGCGGAGAAGUCUAACGGGCUUUACAUGAGUUCUGGCAAAGAUACCACCAGGAUGAUCAAGCAGUACGAAGCUGUAGGCGAGGAUGCUAUGACAGCGAAUCUCGUCAAAUGGAGAGACCUGUUGAAGACCGGCCAAGAGUCAGCAGAUGAUUUGCAGGACAUGCGUAUGGCUGCCAAGGCCGCCGUGGACGGCGUGACUCCAGCGCAAUAG